AUGUCAUCAAGUCCCAUUCCUACAAGCAAUCCUACCCCAUCCAAGCAACACGACGACGACUCCAUCUUGCUGGAGCCUUAUCACUACUUGUGCGAUCAGCCUGGGAAAGACAUUCGUACAAAGUUGAUCGCGGCGUUCGAUGCCUGGUUGCAUGUACCUCCCGAGAAGCUUGCAGCUAUCAAGAAUGUGGUUCAAAUGUUGCAUACAGCAAGUCUAAUGAUCGACGAUGUUCAAGAUGAUGCAGUGCUUCGGCGUGCAGUUCCCGUUGCCCAUAGUAUCUUUGGUGUCCCUCAGACAAUCAAUUCUGCCAACUAUGUUUACUUCCUUGCGCUACAAGAACUCCUCAAGCUGAAUCACCCACACAUGAUCACUAUUUACACUGAGGAGCUUAUCAACCUUCAUCGUGGUCAGGGUAUUGAACUGUUUUGGCGUGACUCUCGACAAUGUCCUACCGAGGAAGAAUACAUCGACAUGGUCAACAAUAAAACCAGUGGUCUAUUUCGGUUAGCUGUACGCUUAAUGCAAGAAGCCGCAGGGAGCCCAAUUGACUAUACUCACUUGGUCAAUAUCAUUGGUAUUCAUUUUCAAGUCCGUGACGAUUACAUGAAUCUACAAUCGGAUACGUAUACGAAAAACAAAGGAUUCUGCGAGGACUUAACAGAGGGCAAGUUCUCAUUUCCAAUCAUCCAUGCGAUACGCGCAGAUUCAUCCAAUCGACAGCUUCUCAAUAUUGUGAGCCAAAAACCAACGUCUGUGGAAGUGAAGCAGUAUGCCUUGGAGAUCAUUGGGCGGACAGGUACCUUCGAGUAUGUUCGUGAAUUCCUCAGCAAAAAGGAGAUGGAGGCUCGCAAAGAGAUCGAGAUGUUAGGCGGCAACCCAUUGUUGGAGAAGGUCAUGGAUAUGUUAGUUAUAUCAAAGUGA